GCAAUUUGUAAAUAAAUAAACCGUUCCGAUUUAAAUUCCAUUAAAGUUUUGAAUUUUAUGGAGAUUCUGACAAUGUUUUAAGUUAAAUUAGUGAAAUGAUGUCGGCAGUGCAGGAAAUUGAAGAUUUCUAUGGAGUGUACCUGUUGGUGAGCAAGAGCGCGAAUCCAAAGUUUGCCGGUCGGACGUACAUCGGUUACACGGUGGAUCCCAACCGGCGGAUUAAACAGCAUAACGGUGGCCAGGAUGCGGGCGGGGCCAAGCGGACGUCGAACCGGGGACCGUGGGUGAUGGUAAUGAUAGUUCACGGAUUUCCAAACAACAUUUCUGCUCUCCGGUUCGAAUGGGCGUGGCAGCAGCCCAAGGUGUCCCGCCGCCUCAAGCAGAUCCCCGAACUGCAGAGAAAACAGCGCAAGGAGAGCAACUUCGAGUACAACUUUCGCAUUCUCACCGAAAUGCUCCGUAUCGGUCCGUGGAAUCGGCUUCCGCUGACAGUCCGGUGGCUGACCGAUGACUUUCAUCGCGAAUUCGAGAUCGGAAAGGUGCCCCCCAUGCAUAUGCCAAUUUGCUUUGGACGUGUGAAGAAAGUGCCGAAAAAAGGAAAAGCUCCCAAAGCAGCAACGACCACCACUCAACAAAAAUCACGGCGGAGACGCGCCAAGAGGAGAAGCAUCAGCCCCAAAACUUCGCCAGCAUCUCCGCCACCGCCGCCGUCGGAAUCGAAGAACAGUAAAAGUAAGCAAAUUACCGUUAAUUACGAUUGCGAUGUGGAUGAGUAUGACCUGCUUGUGAUGGGGGCCGAAGGGAGGAAGGAAGUGGCCAAUCGGGACUGCAUCGCGGCCAUUUCGGAUUCCGAGGCGCCACUGGACGACGACGACGAGGGCCAAGACGACGCUAAUGAUGACAUAAUAAUCAGCUCAGAGGAAGAUGAGGCCGAUGAGAACGACCAACCGCCAAUAAUGGAGCUAGUUAGUGACGAUUGUUCGAUUUGCAACGGGCGGAUUCGAUCCGGAGCGGACUUCGCGCUGCGAUGCAUUCAACCACGGUGUAAGCUGAUUUGCCACAUUGAAUGCUUGGCCGAUCGCUGCCUGGAACCGGGACAGUACGUUCCCGUGGAGGGCGACUGUCCGAUCUGCGACGGUCACUUUUUGUGGGGCGAUCUGAUUAGGAAAGCCAACGGGUGUAGCGACCUUGUGGAAGACGCCAAUAGUACGGGUUUGUUCGAGGUGGACGAUGUUUCCGAUUGUGAUGGGGAUGGAAUGUGACCUAGUAUUUCUCGUUAAUAAAUGUUUCCUUAUGUUUUGAAUAGUAUGAGGGAUUUUUAAUUUGUUUUCUCACAUGUCCAUUUUACAAAAUAAAAAUCAUCUCAUUCAUUUUUGCCGUUGGAACAGUGUAGUGUGAUUAGUGCUGGCGAAGUCAGUCAAAGGCAAUAUGACGCUUUUGUCCACGUCGAUUUGGAAAAUAUAAACGCUGGACACUUGGAUCAAGACUUGGAUGGAUAUUUAUCGGUGAGCUCGUUCCAUAUUAUAAUAAUUAACAGUAUAUCUAUAUACAGCCAUUCCAUAGAAAAACGUGCAUCUCCGAUUGUCGUGAAACUUGGUGGGCUUGUAGUUCUUCGGAAAUAAUUAGACCCGUAUUUUUUUAUUUCGUCAUUAGGGUGACCAAUUUUCAUAUAGGGUGGUCCAAAAAAUCAAGGUU